AUGCCUAGCAUCACUGCUACAGGUGACUUUGGCCCAGCACCGGCCGGGGUAGAUCUGGCGAAAAAUCAGACAGGCAACUUGUUGGGAGCGGUUAUUCCUGUAGCGGUGUUCGGGACCAUCGCAGUUAUAUUGCGAUUAGUUGCGCCAAUGAAGAACAAAGAGGCCAGAAAAUUAGCUCUCGAUGACUACCUAAUCGUUGCAGCUCUUAUAUUCUCUUGGGGCACAGCGAUAUCCUGCUUUAUAAGCAUUCCAUAUGGUAACGGUUACCAUUUACAAUCCUUGAACAAAGCGGAGUUUAUUACUGUUUGGAAGAUACUUUUUGCCUAUGUGAUGAUUUACGCCACAGCUAUCACCUUCACCAAAUCCUCGAUCGUCUUCUUCUACGGCCGCAUCUUCAACUUUCGCUGGUCACUAGGCUUCUGCAUGUUCUUGGUGCUUGGAUAUUGGGUCACCAUUAUCGUCACAGUUGCAGUGGCAUGUCGACCACUGCCAUAUUUCUGGCUGGCCUAUACUGAUCCAACAGCCGUUGGUGUAUGCAUUGAUGUGCCCAAAUUCUUCUUCGGCAAUGGAAUUGCUGCUAUGUUGAUUGAUGUGAUUAUACUGUGUAUGCCAAUGCCAACAAUUUACAAGUUGCAGAUGCAAUCGUCGCAGAAGCUAGCAGUCGUGGGAAUCUUGCUCCUAGGGAGUUUUGUUUGCGUCGCAAGUAUUUGCCGGAUCAUCUCGCUUCAGAACAACACCCACGGAACAGACGCUACGUGGACUAUGGCACCGGUCUUUAUCUGGUCGUCCGUGGAGCCUUUCGUUGGUAUCAUCUGCGCGUGCCUCCCUACCUUUGGGCCAUUCUUUCGUCGGUGGUGGUCCAAGGCUCGGACAGGGCGCUCAUCAAACAGCCGCAACACCCCAAGUGGCGAGAAUGCAUCUGCAUCUCCUUCCACGACCUGGCUCCGGAAACCCCGAGCCAAAAAGCCACCCAUGGACUCACUAUUCAGCAUCAAUGAAUUUAGCUGUGUAGAUGAAGUUGAAUUAAUGAACGAUAUCAGUGGCCCCCGAUCGCUGAGGGACGAGGCUGUGAGUGAUCAUCAUGAUGUGGAGCGAGGAGACCCUUGUGCUAUCACAGUCCAUCAGGAGGUGGAUGUGACAUGGGAUAAGUAUAAAACACGCAAAUAA